UACAAAUGUUAGAACCUGCUGACUGAUUGAGAAAGAUAAAGAUUGAAAGAAUAGAAUGUCAAUCCAUAAGAUUUAAAAACACAGCUUUAAUGAGACCUUGAGAAAGGGAUGGGUCAGAUCAGAAAGGACUGAAGACUGGGAAGAUGAGGAGACCAACAGUAACUAUGGAGAGAGAUUCUGUCAAGAAGCCCAUCAGUGACGGGGAGCACAGGUGGGAAAAUGGUAAUCUCUGAAAUAGCCCAUUUUUGGUCAGGAGAAACUACACGAAGUAGAGCUGAAGGAAAUUUGAUUGACAUGGAAGGAGAAAACCUCUCAAAAAAUUGCAAUAUUACAGAAUGGCAAGACCCAGGCUUGCUUUACAAUUGGCCAGAUGCUGUCACUCUUCAAGAUGACAAGGCUUUGAAAGUUACAAAUCCAUUCUGGAAGGAACUAUCUGCUUCUAACCCAUUUCUGGAUGAUAUAACUCAGCAAAGAAAUAACCAGAAGAAAGAGAAUAUCUCCAUUUUGAAAGAAGAUCCUUUUCUUUUUUUAAGAGAAAUUGAAACUGGAAAUUCUUUUGAUUCCUCUGAUGAUGAACUUGAUGUGCAUCAGUUGCUCAGCAAGUCUCCCUUAAGGAAAUCAGGAAGAUCCCAAAGUGUUUCAGAACUUCUGGGCAUUUUAGAUGACACCACGAAUACUCAUCAGAAUAUGCAAGACUGUGACCAAAUCCUAGCACAAGACUUAGAAUGGCUUCAAAAUGAUCGAGAGGCUUAUAAAAUGGCUUGGUUAAGUCAACGCCAAUUGGCUCGAUCCUGCUUGGAUUUGAAUACAAUGAAUCAGAGUCCUGGAUGGGCCCAAACACAAGUUGCAGAGACCAUCACAGUUUGUAAACUCAACCACCAAGGAGGGUCCGUACAGUUACCUGAGUCAGACAUCACUGUCCAUGUGCCCCAAGGUCAUGUAGCUGUGGGAGAAUUCCAAGAGGUAUCUCUAAGGGCUUUUCUUGAUCCUCCACAAGUGCUUAAUAAUGAUCUUUCAUGCACUGUAAGCCCUCUGUUGGAAAUCAUGUUAAGCAACCUUAAUACAAUGGAAGCUGUUUUGUUAGAAAUGAAAAUUGGGGCUGAAGUAAGAAAGGAUCCUUUCAGCCAAGUGAUGACAGAAAUGGUGUGCUUACACAGCCUGGUCAAAGAGGGUCCUUUCAAAGUAUUAAACAACUGCUAUGUUUAUAAAGACACCAUCCAAGUCAAGCUGGUAGACUUGAGUAAGGUGAUGUAUCUAGUGAUUGCUGCACAACCUAAAGCUAUUCAGUCACCACCUGCUACCAUUUGGGAUUACAUUCACAAAACCAUCUCAAUUGGAAUUUAUGGCCCCAAAUACAUCCAUCCCAAUUUCACUGCUAUUUUCACAGUUUGUGGACAUAGCUAUAUGCCAGGAAAGCUUACAAUCCCUGAUAUUAAAAAGGAUGGAAAAAGCACCUCUCCUGUUGUAUUUCAGCUCUGGGGAAGGCAUUCGUUUUUGCUUGACAAGCCACAGGAUUUAAAUAUUUCUGUGUUUUCAUGUGAUCCCGAUUUUGAAGUAAAAGUGCAAGGAGAUGGGAAACAAAUUAAACAAAAGCAGUUGGAAUCAGGUGAGGUGGUUCAUCAACCACUUUUCUUUUCUUUAGUAGACUGCAGAGAGAUGCACUUGUUUGUUUUCCGUGUUCAGGUGGAGCCUCCUAAUGGUAGACCAGUUGCACAGUUCUUUAUCACUUCACCUGAUCCAGCUCCCAACCUAAAAAGGCUCUCAAAUCUGCCAGGUUAUCUGCACAAGGAGAAAGAGGACAAGUCCACGCCUUUAUUCUCAUCAGUGCUUGUUAAAUAUCCCACAUUCCAAGAUAAAAAAUUGAACUUUUCCAACUAUGGGGUAACCCUGAAGACAGUGCUCAGACAAAGCAAGAUUGACUACUUUCUGGAAUAUUUCAAAGGGGACACGAUAGCUCUUCUUGGGGAAGGUAAGGUAAAGGCCAUGGGGCAGUCUAAAGUGAAGGAAUGGUAUGUGGGAGUCCUCAGAGGGAAGAUUGGACUUGUGCAUUGCAAAAAUGUCAAGGUGAUUUCAAAAGAACAAGUCAUGUCUGUGUCUGAUAGUAUCUUUACAACCAGGAAUCUUCUUGAGCAAAUUGCCCUGCCCUUUAAAAAACUGACUUAUAUAUACUCAGUUGUAUUGACCUUGGUGUUAGAAAAAGUUUAUGACUGGAAAGUUUUAGCCGGCGUCCUGGGGUACUCUCAUCUGGCACUGGAAAACUUUGAUCAAAUGCAAGCAGACAAAGAAUCAGAAAAGGUUUCUUAUGUUGUCAAGAAGCUAAAGGAAGAUUGCCAUGGAGACAGAAAUACAAGGAAGUUUCUUUAUGAACUUAUUGUGGCUCUGCUAAAGAUCGACUGUCAAGGGUUGGUAGUGCAUCUUCUCCAAGAAGCUGUUAUUCUGACUUCAGCUGUCAAACUUGGAAAAUGCUGGAGGGAACUUGCUGAAAAGUUAGUAAGACUCACCAAGCAACAAAUGGAGGCAUAUGAAAUUCCUCACCGUGGAAAAACUGGAGAUGUUGCUGCCGAGAUGAUGUGGAAACCUGCCUAUGAUUUUCUCUAUAAUUGGAGUGCUCACUAUGGAAAUAGCUACAGAGAUGUUUUACAAGACCUUCAAUCAGCUUUGGACAGAAUGAAAAACCCUGUAACCAAACAGUGGAGAGACUUAACUGGAGCUUUACUACUAGUAAAUUCUUUGGAGAUUUUGAGAGUAACUGCAUUCUCUACUUCUGAGGAUGUAUAGGAAUAGGGUGUGCUUUUUGGGAAAGGGAGAAUGGUAGGGAGAGAGGUGUGAGUGUGUGUGUGUGUGUGUGUGUGUGUGUGUGUGUGUGUGUGUGUUUAAGAGAGGAAAAAUAUCUCAGAAAAAUUACUUAUUUUUUUCAUGUUUGAAAAACUGCUUUUUACCUGGUCAAAGUAAGCCUACUGUUUUAUCCAAGAUUGGGUUUUAUAAUCAAACAUGUUUUUCUAUUUCAGAAGCAAACAUUAGGCUGCUUUGUUGUUAAGAAAAAAAAAGCCCUCUCUCUCUCCUUCAAAGUUAUUUCAAUUUUCUGAAGUUAAAUGACUGCUAGAAUAAUAAAAUUUCACAGAUAUCAGAAUAAACUAGAAGCUCAACAUGAGCAAUUGGAUUUUUGCUGGAGGUGAGGGCAGAGAAGGAGCAAAAUGACACUCAGUGGCCAGGAACAGGGCUCCCCUCCUUCUAUGACACAUGGCUGAUUUCUUAUGUUCCUGAGUAAAAUUUGCCAGCAUUACUCCAGCAUUUCUAACGUGGAGAAACCAAGGACUGAAGAGGACACCCAAAGCCAGUAUAAAGUUUUCUGCUUGAAAACCUGGUUCUGUUUUUAAGAUGUUCAUACCACAUAACUGAAUACUUAAAAAGAAAGAAAGAAACUGCAUACAAAGCUUACAGGGAAAUGAUAGCCAUCUCAUUGUAAUUGAAACUUGUUCUUUUUUUUCCCCAUCUCUUUGCAAGACUGCCAGAAGGAAAACAUGACUUAUCAUCACAAAUCUGUGUCUGCAGAUGCAGAUGUGGACCUGGUGUUUUCAUCAGCCUCCUUCAGCAUGUUGGGUGAUAGCUAAUCCUGCCUAAGUCAGACUUUUUCUGCAAGAUCCUAACGUAAAGUAGUUCUAUACCUUUCAGGGAUUUUUAAUAACGAGUUAUUAAAAAGAGCCACCAUCAAAACCCAAAUUAAUCACUGUUGCAUACAGCAGUUUUAACCACCCAUAAUAUUAAUAUCAUUGUAUGCUUGCUCACAAAAAUACAUGUGUGUGCAUGUGCAUGUGAGAGUACACCAGCAUGUUUUUCAAUGCUCUUGGAAAACAAAUAUAAGAUCUACGGCCUGUGAAAAUGUUAAUAGCCAUCAGAGUUCACAAAAAGGUGGUUUGUGCUUACUCAUAUGUUCCAUCCUCUGGUGCCCUUCGAGUGUUUGUGUUGGGACAGUCAUUCACAUAUUGUUAUUCAAUGUGUACCUAUCUGUGGCAGGCACCUAGAUGCUUGAGGUUAGUAAUGUGCAGAAAACAUAAUCCCUGACUUCUGUGAUGUUAAGCGACAGUAACAGAUAAUAAGAUUUGAUACCAUUAAAUGUUAAGUGGUAUCUAUAGUGAAAACUGCAUUGGAGAGGCUGUGAUGCUAAGAGAUACAGAGGUCCAAGGCCAUCGUAUAAAUGGAAUGGAUAUUUGAUAAGUUUUCCCUGGGAAAGAAAUGAUGCUCCUGAAGGAGGACCAGGCAUUGCACCUGAUGUUGGGAAGGUGCUGGAACUCACUUAAGCCCCUAGACAGGAGAGAGCUGAGGAGCUCAGGGAGCCAGCUGAGCGAGUAGAGUUUGGAGGCCACAUUAAAGCCGUUAAGACUGCUAGCAUUUUGGAAGGAGAAAACACACCCUUAAAGGUAAUGUGGAUGAGCUAAAUAAGGGUUUUGUUUUAGGAUCCUGAAUAAAAGAUUGUCCAUUUGGCUAAAAAAGUGAAAGUAGAAUCUGUGUAGAGCUUUUAAUCCACCCACCCUAAGGUAAUUAGAAUUUAAGAACAGUCCUUAAGACUUUCAGUAUUUAUAUUUGAUGGAGAAUGCAUCCUAACCAAGGAGUCAUGUAUACACAUUCUAGGACAGAAUUCAUUUAAUUGAAAAUAAAUUAAGGGAGAAGGAAAAACAACUGAUUUGUAAAUUCGGGACACAAUCAUUCUUAGUGAUGAUCUUGCUUUGUUCAGAACAUUCUUGGAAUCUUAUUAACAUGUCAGCAAACCAGUGAGUUUUGGGAAGGGAUAUUAAGGGAUUAAUAACUGGGUUUUUCCAGGCUACAAGAUUCGAGAACAUAGAGAUCUUGUUAGCUGAUUAGGGUAGUACAAUUAAAUAAACAAUUUCAGAUUUAUACCUCAUCAUGUUUUAAGAUUGUGGUUGGGAAUUUUAAAGAGAGUUUUAAAAACUAGAAAAAUAUCACCUCUGUAAUUAGGGGUUGAAACAAUGACUUAAAUAAUAAUAAAUACAAAGAUAUUUUAUAAUCUUUCAUUAAAUUCUUCCAGGGGAAUUUUAAGUCCAUGUUCAAACAUUGUUAUAAAUUCUAAUAUUUUUAACACAUUUUUUUACUUUUCAUAUUUAUAUUUUUCUUGCAGUUAUGGGUUUUCAUAAUCAGAAAUGAUUAAAUUAGUGAUCAGAAAUUAUCUUUGAUAUUUGGCAUACAGUCCAUGAAAUUUAUAAGGAACUUACACCCUAUUCUUGACAUCAUUAAAAGCAUCAAAAGCUAUUAAUCCAAUACUACUUAGAGCAUUUCAAAAGUGGAAAAAGAUUAAAUGAUUUGUUCAGUUCCUCAGGCUUUUGGUCUAAUGAUGCAUGAAGUAGGAUGAGUUUUAUUUCAGUCCCUAGCUUGCAAUAUGAGCCAUAGAACCUCUGCUUUUUUCUGUGAAAAUCUUCAUAUAAAACAGUAAGAUUCAUUCAACAGUGUGUCAUUAACAGUUCAUACUAAUAAUGGAUAUAGCACACUUUCAUGUCCUAUAUUAUAGAGGCUACUAUGUAAGUUUUUGAACAUGGGAUGCCUAGAUUUCGUGAAGAAGCAGAAUACUAAAUCAAUGGAUAGCAUUGGGCUGAAAAAUGCUAAUGCUAGUAAACAGCAAUGAAUAUGUGAUGUGAAUCUACAACAGAAAAACACAAGAUUGGACAAUGCCAUAUGUGGAAGUUUCAAAACUUCAAUUUUCAUACUUCGUUACCAUGAAUGAUACUCUUAGCAAUUUUAAUGUUUAGGGAAUAUUUUAGACAAUAUAAAAGGAGAUAUAUAUGAUUCCUUAUUUUAUAUGUGUUUUCUCCCAUGUGCUGCUGUCUGACAUAGUGGAGUAAAGCAGAAUCAUAUAACCCAAAGAUUAAGUACCACAAUCAUGGUAGGUGACAGAAUCCAAAGACAUUUUGAAAAUUAAACAUAAUGUUAGAGAUGAUUUCUUCCAUGCCUACUUACCAAUCUGCAGCACAAAAUAAAAAGUGACUAUAAACAGGAAACUUAAACUUGAACAUACCAUCUGAUAUAUAGCUGGUAUUCAGCAUCAAGAUUUCAUCAAAUGUUUUGAAAUAUAGUAUAUUUUACAUUAACUUUCUGUUUAUGUAUAUGCAGAAAGUUUUAAGCCUAAUAAUAAACAGUUUCACAAUUUGGAAAAUAGUGUAAGCUUAUAUAGGAGGGAAUAGGGAUGGGGAGAUUUGAACUGGAUAAAAAUUUGUAAUACCAAAGGAAAUAAUUCCAGGGCCAAGCACCCUUGGACAGCACAAAUUGCUUCCCCUGCAAUACAUUAGUCCAGAAAAUGAGGGCUGUGGUUUCUAAUCUUUGCCCAAUAGUCCCAGUAAGGGUUUAGAACUGUCACUUAGCCUCCUGGGCUUCAAUUCUCUGAUCAGUAAAAAGAGGAGUUUGAAUGGGGAAACUCCUCAAGUUCCCUGUAAGUGUCUAUGAAUGUAGAUACGUAUAAGCAGAAUAUAUUGUGGUUUUGUUUGUUCAUUUCAAUAAGAGGGAAGAAAAUGUGAAGUAAGAAUAAUAAUUUGAAUAAAAGUUAUUCACUUUAAAAGUGUCCUCUAUUUGCAAGGCAUAGCACAGUACAUAUACAUAAACUGAGCACUUUACAAACAUUAUCUCAUUUUUUCUUCAUAUUUCAAUCUUAUGAAAUUGGUUAUGAAAUGUGUACUAUUUUCAAUAUUUAGAAUCACUGUUUUUAAGAAUAAUUUAAUACUACUCAAACUACAGUACUAAGUUGGAAGGUCAGCAAUAGUUCUUCCAGUAGGUACUCUGCCAAAUAUGUUUCUGUCUCAUUGCAAAGGCCUUAGACCAAUCCUUAAAGGCAAGAGUUUUUCAACUUGAGCAGAAUCACCUGAAAGGCUUGUUGGGACCCGACUUCUUGGCUCCAACACCAACUUUUAGCAGGGUUGAGGUGAGACCUUUGCUUACCCAGUAGUUUCCCUUGUGAUGCAGAUUCUGCUAGUUCAGGGAACCUACUCUGAGAACCACUAUUUCAAAGUUUCUUUCAUCUAUAUAGAAACUAAAUAAUGUUUGUUAGAUUAAAAAGAUUUAGAUAAGCAAAAUUUUCAUGUCAUUCUGUUAAAUAAGUUGUUAAAAUUGUAGAAGAGAACUAUAAAUCAAUUUAAAUAAUAUAUUUAUUUACCUAAAAUAAACUUUUGUCAUCAGUUGA